GGAACAGUGGGAAGACCGGCAGCGGAAGUCCGGUGGGAAUGUUCCAUUCUUCACAUCCGGAGCGGGGGAAGGGUGAGCUUUGCGUUGCUUAAUGCACCGUUGUCCCUCCUUCUUGCUUUUCAGAUGACCCUGCUGGAGACUCCCGUGUCGUGCCUGCAUGACGCCUUCUGAAGUCGUCCCAGGCUUACCGUGAGGACUUCAUAUUUUGUGCGAACCUAAAAGGAAUUUCUGGUGACGUCCAAGCGCGCUGGCUGAUUAAGUCUUGGGACAAGCUAUGUGGGAUGCGUCCGAGGUCGCCGCCCCAGCCGCAACCCAAGGCCCGGUUCCGUGCAUUCCUAGGGUCGACCACGUGGCUUUCUCAUGGACGUUGGUGAAGUGCUUCACCGUCGUUCUCCUGGGGUUCGCCUCGGGCAAGGCUCGCUUGGUAAAAGGCCGCGAGGUGCGCGCCCUGGACCUGCUGGCCUCGCACGUGUGCCUCUCGGCGCUUCUCUUCCUCAACCUGAGCCAGCUGCGGCUGCGCGCGUUCGAGUGGCGCCUGGUGGCAGCGCUGCUUCUGGGCAAGGCUGCACUGUUCGCCCUGGUUGCGGCGGCCAGCGCUGCGCUCCCCCGCUCUUCCACGAGGCGCCGCGGAGGAGGCCGACUGGCCACCGCGGGCCUGCACGCCAUCUUCGUGACCCAAGUGAACGACUUCGGCAUCGCAUACCCGCUAGUGGAGUCUGUGUUUGGCCGGAGCCAUCCGGACUUCGCUGGUUACCUGUACCUGGUGGCACCGCUUUCUCUGGUGUUAUUCAACCCGAUCGGAUUCUUCCUGGCCGAGCUGCAAGGCCUUCGAUCGCAGCGGUGCUACACCGAUGAUGCUGUUGAGACAGCGCCCCAGAAGCAGUCGGUGGCGAGAGCAUUGUGCAAAGCGGCGGCCUGGGCGGUUUUCAAGGUGCUCUACCAUCCCCACGUCCUGUCCUCUCUGCUCGCCAUCGCCGUCAACAUUGGCCGUUCUGGAGAGCAGCUUCCGGCACCGCUGGCCGCCAUCCUCAAGCUCCUUGGAGACGCGUUCGCAGCACCCGUGCUGUUUCUGCUGGGCUACCACAUCGAGAAAGCUUUCCAGGACCCCGACGUCAGGGAGCACCUGCUUCCUGCCUUCAUCCUGAGUGCGGUGAAGUCGUUCGCUCUACCGAUGUUCCUCAAGGUGUCCGUAGAGCUUAUGCUUUACUGGAGCGAAGCGCAGGCCGGUGUCAAGGACCGGGCAAAUUUCGCUUUCCUGUACGGCUCCGCCCCGACGGCGCCCAUUGUGAUCCUGUACGCCUCUCAAAGAGCUCUGCCCGCGGGAACGCUGGCAACGGGAGUCAGCGUCUGCACCUUGCUCUCGCUGCCGGUGAUGUUCGCGACGGCCGCCGUUAUCAGCGACGAAGGACUGCCUGCUGCGGGGGUCUCGCCGCAUUUGCAAAUGAGAACUGCCCUGGCCUCCCUCGGCGGACUCAACCUCCUGGCGAGCCUGCUCGUCAUCGGACUGUUUAUGUUGACCAGAAGGACGAAGGGCCUGAUCUGCAAUGUGUUGCUGUGUCUGCUUAUCUGCGAGGUCUUCAAGUCAGCGGGCGUGUUGUUGUGGCUGCUGCACAGGCCGCACAGCCAGUGGGGUCACGUGGCCGUCUUCUUGGUGACGUGCAGCCAGUACGCAUCAAGAGCGUGGACCGCAAGCUUGGCCCUGAGUGUGUUCCUGCUCAAAUACUACAACUCUCCUGAACUGACCACGCACGUACGGAUUAUGUUCUUCGUGGCGUACGGAGUGCCGGUCAUCCUGACAGCGGCGGUUAUGAUCGGCGGCCGCCUUUUGUGCCGGCGCCAAAUCAGUGCCGAAGUGGAAGUUCCUCUAUUCUUCAACGGUGAAUGCGAGGCCGUCGCAUCUGUCGUGUUGCUAAGUGUCUGCGCAGCACUGAUAGCACUCUGUCUCUUGCAACACGCCUACGAGCGAGCGCUGAAGACGUCCUUCUUCGAGUGCUGCUGCUGCCGUUCGAGAAGCGGCUUUGGGGCUGGACUUGAGAACCAGUACUAUGAAAAGGCGCCGCCUGCUCGCAAGUACGGCGAAACACUCGACAAGAGAAGCCUACUCGGAACUACAGCACGGGUUCGCUUCAACUUGCCGCCUUCUGGACACGUGUCUUGGCCCGGAAAAGACGACGGCGCUUCUGCGAAGACGUUCGAACCUGAAGACGACGUGCGGGGACUCACGCUCCUGAUAGCAGUGCUCUUCAUUUCAAUAUUGAUCGGGAUAUUUGUGACUUACGGGAGGCUCUUUCUUGGAGUCCCGUACGGUAUUUUUAGAGUUCUCCAACUCGUUGAUGCAACGCUUAGCCUCGGCCAGGGGAUGCUUGUCUUACUGACGUGCGGACUGGAAGGAAAGCUGCUUAGUGAGGCGAAAGCACGGGUCCUGCUUUUACUGCGAAUCGCGGGUAAACGGAGGCACCCCAAGGAGCGGACCGUCUCUGCCGGAUUAAGGAACGUGAACGAAAUAGCCUGCCGCCAGUUCAACGUCUACCAUCGACGUGCCUUCGAGGAGUUCUUGGACGAGACCGAAGCUGGUGUUCCAAUGUCUCUGGCUCGAUCCGGCUUCCACGGACACCGACUUGUGGACUGGCUAUUGGAUGCGGGCCUGGUUAGGAGCCGCGAUGAAGGCGUAGUUUACGGAAGGCGCUUGCUGGAAGGAGGCCUUCUAGUACACAUGGAGCGUGGCAUGCACUUCUACGACGGGCCGUACGACUACAUCUUCGUGUUUUAAGGUUUCGGCGUAUAUCGAAGGACGCUGCGCAAGAGUGCUUGCCAAUAAAGAAUUCCCCUUUUCUUUA